AUGGCAGUGAAAAGCAAGAUUUUGAUCAUCGGGGCCACUGGAUACAUCGGGAAAUGCAUAGUGGAAGCAAGUGCAAAAGCAGGGCACCCAACGUUUGCAUUGGUCCGAGAAAGCACAAUUUCAGAUCCUAAAAGGGCAGCGAUCAUAGAGAGCUUCAAGAGUUUGGGAGUCACAUCUCUCUAUGGAGAUUUGUACAAUCAUCAGCAGUUGGUAAAUGCAAUCAAACAAGUUGACAUUGUCAUCUCAACAGUGGGGGGAGGGAUGGAAGUUGUAGCUCAUCAAGUUAAGAUCAUUGCAGCAAUUAAAGAAGCCGGUAACAUCAAAAGAUUUUUACCUUCUGAGUUUGGAGGUGACGCGGAUCGUUGGCAUUGCGUUGAGCCUGCUGCAAGCUGGUACAGGAUCAAAGCUGAGAUCCGCAGAGCUGUCGAGGCUGCAGGGAUACCUUACACUUACUUAGUAUCUAAUGGUUUUGCUGGUUAUUUGAAUUAUUUCCUUAACCUCUUUGGAGACUUUGGCUCUGCAACUCCUCCAAAAGACAAAAUUGGCAUUCUUGGUGACGGAAAUUCAAAAGUUGUUUUCUCUAUGGAAGAAGACAUUGCUGCAUACACCAUUAAAGCAGCAGAUGACCCAAGGACUCUGAACAAGAUUGUGCACCUCAGACCCCCUGCCAACACUUUGUCCUGCAACGAAAUAGUAUCAUUGUGGGAAAAGAAAAUUGGUAAGACCCUCGAAAAGAUUUACCUGCCAGAGAAGGAAGUCCUCGAGAAAAUUCAAGAGGCUACAAUGCUAUUAAAAUUGUUCCUGUCUCUGGGAUACACAAUUUUCGUGAAGGGAGAAAUGGCCAACUUUGAGAUCGAGGCUUCUUUUGGCGUGGAGGCAUCGGAGCUCUAUCCCGAUGUGAAAUACACCACACUUGAUGAGUACCUCAACCAAUUUGUAUCAGAUUAGCUCAGAGACUUUCAGAUUAACCAAUGUUUACGGUCUACCAGUUUUCUUGUAGCAGUUUCUUAUGUAUUACUAGAAAUGUGCUGUGAUUGUUCAUCUCCCAUAGGAGGAGUGUCAUGAAUGUGUC